AGGUCAGUGUUUUAUUGCCCACAUGAUCCACACUUAGUUUGGGAUUUACGUGACACCACUUCUCCCUGGGUUUUGGCCGCUGUCGCAUCUAUAAUCUCUCCACUUGCGGUUCUUUUGAACGCGUUAAUAAUCAUAGCAGUAAGGCAGAGAAAAGAACUGCAGAGAGCUUCCAAUAUCUUGUUAUUAAGUUUGGCCGUUACAGAUGUUCUAGUAGGAAGUUUAAGUAUACCGUUAUCUGCCGUGGUUGAACUGUUAGUUACUCGUCAAGUACAGGCUGACCAUUCCAUUUGCGUGUUGGACUUUGUAGCCAUAUCGUCCACGGUCUUUCUCGCGAUUUGUUCGUUUUUCCAUCUGACAAUGAUUGCUUGGGAAAGGUACGUGGCCAUUCGAAAAUGGAUUGACUACAAAGUGAUGGUGACUAAAGGUCGUAUGAAAAAGCUGGCGUUAGUAGCUUGGGUAUUAGCAAUUGUAACUGUAUCACCAAACUUUAUCACGGCACCGCUCACAGGAAUGAUGAGGGCGAAUGAAGGGGUUUUAGCUCUGGAAAUUUUCCUCAUUGUCCUUUCAGUUUUGCUAAUAUCUGCCCUAAGUCUUAUCGUAUAUUUUUAUGUCAUGGUGUACCUUGGAGUUCGCAAACGCAAAUUAAGUCAAAUUCUUCAAGUCAGCGAGUUGGUGAGCGUAAAACAGGAACGCAGAAUAGCUAUGACCGCUGCCGUAGUUACGAUUGCUCUGAUUCUUUCCUUCUUGCCAAGUAUUCUUGGCGGUAUGUUGCAAGGAAUUUAUCCAGUCUUUCGUCAACGUUUGGCGAUGCGUGUAGCGGACAUAUUUUUGUAUCUAAAUUCUGUAACUAAUCCACUCAUUUACUGCUACAGAGAUCGCCGUUUUAGGAACGCCGUGCUCGAGAUUUUGAAGAGUAGGAGACCCAAAGAAAAGCCGUCCGUUGUAACUGAUGCAGCAAGAUUCCGCGACGUCAAACAUAACGAUGUAUUUGGCUCAGGGAAAGAUACGCUACAGAUGCGAAAGGUGGAAAACCAAGUUCGUUUAACAAGAUCAGCAUCAUGUGAUUUGACUCGAUCCGUAGAUCGAGCUUAUCUCGACACUUACAAAAUACGCUUAACAAGAACCAAGUCAUCUCUGUCUCUCCCAUGACAGUUUCUUCGAAGAUAUUUAAUUUUUCUUUUUAUCUUUACCCAAAUCACAGGCGGCCCAAGCUCAGUCGUGUGUGAGUUUAAUCAGUAAUACAGUCAUGUAGUCACAUUGCGUAAUUUAAAAUGGCGUGAAUAUAAAGGAUUUGUAUGGGAAUUCAGGUACAAGAUUUAAGUAGAUAAAUACUAGCUCGCUAGAAUGUUCCAGUGGAAACUCUGGGUAAAAGGAAAUCGCUUAAAUCGCAAUGGAUUGGGAAAAUAACCACACAGCAAGCAAAAACGAGCAAAUUUAAUACGGUUAGCUGUAUUUUAUUGAACAUUCUAGCGAGUAUUUAUCUACUUCAUUCCCAUACAAAUCCUUUAUAUUCACGGCCAUUUUAAAUUACGCAAUAUGAAACUACAUGUAUUAAUGAUUAAACACACGCUGAGCUGAGGUGCUUGUGCCCAAAUAUUUAGUCAAUUGAAACCAAACGUCCAGCAAAUGUCCAGGAAUGGCAAAACAUCUACUUACGGUUGAGGUGCACCUUUGCCAAUAUGCCGAUCUGAAAUAGCCCCAGGGGGAUACUCAAGAAAAUUUUAUACGGGGAGGCUCCCCCUAGGGGACGAACCCCCUACCCUUGUUAUAUACCAUUUGUUGACAGAAAAGGUACCCCAUUCUUUUCUUAUACCUUUCAUUGACAAAUGGCCGCACCCCUUACGCAAAUUUAGUUUAGAGCUUUGCAUCCCUUUUAACUACUGUAAACGCACUUUCUUUUUAAAUGGCUUAAAAAAUAGAAUUAAAGUCAAAAAGACUACUGCAACGACUGAUCAAACAACGUCAAAAAGGCUGAGGUAUACAAUAUUUCGACUGGCCAGUAACAGGUGUUGGUGAACCUGGUGAGGAGUGGUAUUGACCAGUUCGAAGACUUUGAGGAGUUUAAAGAAGAGGCACUUUCUUUGUGCGCGAAUGUUUGAGGCAGAAAGGCCUAGAUAAAAUCUGUGAGACAUAUAAAAGUUUACAUAAACUUAGUGUAUCGUACAAUGCGAAAAUUAAUACGCUGACGAAACGGUUCCAUCGUGAUAAGAAAGUACUCAUCACAGUUAAGCUCGUCGGUUGUUUGUUUAUCAUUCACUAUAUUAAACAUCUUUAAAAUUCUAGUUUAUAGUUCUGUAUUUGAUAUUUAAAAUCUGAUCAGUGUGGUCUUUUUUUGCAAUAAUUGUCUCGAGCGGCUAGGAGCGAUUUGCGUAGGGUGCUUCACGCACGAUUUUAAUCAGAUUAUUACAGAUUUCCCAUAAAUUUGGUAUUUGCAGUGUAUUUACUGAAAAAUGAAAUUUUAGUGUUGUCCCGGGGUGGGGCAUUUGCACCGUAUUUAAGGCCCCACAGUGGGGUUUUUGUAUGAACGCCCGGCCCCAACGUGGGGCAUUUGCAGCUUUUCCAAAACAAAAUGACAAAUGCCCGGGGGAGAAGGGCACGCUUGGAAUUGACUGAGCCAUUACCUUUCUUUUGUUGUAAUUUUGACCGGCUUACAAGUAAUUUCCAGUCUAGAGUUGUUGGUAAACCCCUAACGGCGUAACAGCGUAACGAAACUUGAUUUCUACAAACUGUUGAGCGGGAGAAAAAUCUUACUACAGGGCGCCCACACAAACUUGUGUAACCGAUGUAAUUUUAUGGAAAAUGUACUGUAUUUACCGUUUGCUUCAUCUGUAGCGGUACAUCGGUAAAUAUGUGCAUAGUGCAUCAAAGCUAAAUAAUUGUUGUGUUACCUUAACUUCGCAGUAAAUUCAGCGAACUCAAAAUCCUUGAAAAUCGCUCAAAGUACCACUUCUGAGGCAAAGGACGAUAAUAUAUGUCAGUAAUUUUGCUAGUUUAUGUAAUCUUAGACUGCAAAACAGACGGGUUUUUUCUCUAAAUCAGUAAAGAAAUCGGUAAAGCGUGGCGUAAGCGCCUUACGCGCGUGAAGCGCGCGACCCUAACACCACGGGCGUGUGAGGCGAGAGAAAAAGAACCGUUUUUUAGCAUCUCUCCCCAGUCUCGCUCUCUGUUUUCAGCCUCGUUCCAGACCUUUUGUUUGACUGCAUGCGCGUACUUGAAUACGCAAAAAUCGUGACUGCUUUGCAGUCUAAUGUAAGUUAUGCUGAUUUUAGCAAAACAGCAGAAAUAAUGCUUCCACUAAUUUAGUUCAAAUUAAGUCAAAACAAUCUUAAAUACUAAAUGCAACAAGUAAAUGGCAGACACAUAUUUACCCUAUUUACAUCUACAAAAUCUAAGAGUGCCUAACGCGUUGUGUCUGACAACUAUAAAAACUUAAACUGUGCCCAAGAACAGAUAAAGUUCAGUUGCUAAAAAAGGUGAAUUGCCAAAUUAAAGAGAGAUACAGAAACUGACGUUCAAACACUACUGAUCCCACCUGAUCAGCUUCUCAAUCUUUUUACCAUGGUGAGUUUCCUUUCUCAACUCAGUUACAUGUGUUUCAUUACGCUGAUUUAGCAACAGGACGGGAACGUCAGUUGACGACGGGAAAGCGCGCGGAAAAGACUAAACACGACUUCCGGUGCGCAAUUUGCCGCUCUGCCAUUGGUCAAGCCAGUUGUUUGAUCUGCGCGCGCCGUCGUCAACCGACGUUCCCGUUCUGUUGCUAAAUCAGCCUAUUAUUCCAGCGACCUGAGAGAGGAUAAUGAAACACACACUUUAUGCUCUUUUGCAACGACUUAACACUUUUCCAAAAUAUAUCUGUGUUCAUAAGAAGCAACCAAAGAAUAAGGCCUUGGAAACCCGGCAGCCGGCAGACGGAAAUCAAUAUAAGCACACUUAAAAACUGUUCCCGAGCCCCCCAAAUAGAACCCAAAUUUAUUAUCCAAAAAAGCCCUCUGUGAACGCUCCUCUCUAUACAGAGAUACAGGGAAAAUAGACACUAAAGGGGUGAAUUCAUUGUGAUAUCCUAUAAUGCAAGCCCUCCACACACACAAUCCCUCCACCAUAGAGAGGAGAAAAUAGACACUGAAGGGGUGAAUUCAUUGUGAUAUCCUAUAAUGCAAGCCCUCCACACACACAAUCCCUCCACCAUAGAGAGGAGAAAAUAGACACUAAAGGGGUGAAUUCAUUGUGAUAUCCUAUAAUGCAAGCCCUCCACACACACAAUCCCUCCACCAUAGAGAGGAGAAAAUAGACACUAAAGGGGUGAAUUCAUUGUGAUAUCCAAAAAUGCAAGCCCUCCACACACAAUCCCUCCACCAUAGAGAGGAGAGGUGUGACCUCAGGUUACCAUAGUAACCAAAAUUUCUGGAUCACAACAAUAGGGAGCUUAAGCAACAACGACGGGGACGGCAAAGAGAUUGGCAGAAAAGCAAUAGGUUAAGGGCCUGUUUAGCUAGAGGUGGGGGACCCCAGGUAGGUGGGGUAACCCGUAUGCCCAUAUAAUCUCUAAUUUUGAUUUCGUCACGUUUACAUGAUGGGUACCCUGGCUCCAGAGGUCCGUUCUCAAUAUACCUAAUAUGAAAUAAACGAACCAUCAAUAUCCAUAAGAAAAAAUAUCCUCUGGAACCCAGGGUACAUGAUAGGUGGAGUGACCCGCCAAGGCGGGUAGCCCGGUCUUCCAGACCGGGUAACCCUCCAGCCAGGGUCACAUUUUGCCAUGUAAACAUUUCAAGGUGGGGUAGGUGGGGUAAACCGCCUAGCCGAGCUCGGAUUCGUAAAACAUCAUAAUCGCGCACAAUUCACUUUGGCGGUGGCUUUGCAUCAUUAUUAAAGGUAACAAUAUAGAAAGCUACAGCACUGAAGGUUGCAGCAAGAGCAGCAGGUGAAUGUGGAAGAGCAUUAAUCGCCCAAACAGGUCCUUUGCCAGCCUUUUUUCUUGUUUACGUGCUUAGCAACCAUUCAAUAAUCUUGACAAAGUGCACCCCGGGAUGGCGGGGUUGUAAGAUUGCAUGUAAAGGAGGACGAUUUUUUUACCCCACCUAACCGGGUUACCGCACCUGCCUGGGCAACCUCGUCCCCAGGGCUUUUCCCUCCAAAAAAAAACACCCAUUGUUUGAGGGAAAAGCCCUGGGGACGAGGUUGCUACCUGGGGUCCUUCAAUUCCAUGUAAACAGGCCCCUUAUAUUAGCAAGAAAACAACUUUGCAUGUGCAUCACGCUUUUUUGUACAUUUCUUAGCCGUCGUUCCACGACUGGAACAUGAAACUUCUUAAUUUCACCUACCCACGGUAUUGAGUAAGUGAACACAACACAUUUUUUAUUUUCUUUUCUAAACUUACAUACGGUCCUUUCGAUUCAACUCCAGAAAAUUUCGCCAACAUUUGACAAGUUAAAUGAAAUUGAAGAAGAUCGAUAAAGUUUUAAACAGUGCGAAUUCACUUUUUAAGUGACGUUUCCGUUUCUUCUCAUCUAGAAAUUUUGCCACCAUGGCAACGUGAUGUAACAACUUCUCCUCUCUUUUCACAACACUCAUAAUGAUAUGCGUAGUUCAAAUACACCUAAUAAACAGGUUUUGCGUGGCUAGUCAAACGGUUUCGCGUGCGAUUACGUAACUCCUUAAGAUAAAUAACGAUUUCGCGUGGAAAUCACUGAUUCGUGCUGAGUUCUCAGCGGAGCCACGCGAGGUGAACGGCCCAUGCACCCUCCCACCCAGAAAAUCGCGUGGGUCGUAUUACUAACUACCCCUGAGCCAAGCUGGGACACCUUGGCUUAGUCGAUCUGCUGAUCAAUCAUUUUUCCGUACCUUAAUACAACUGAGCAUGAAUAUUGAUGUCGUUGAAUAGAUUACUAUUGCUCAACUGGCGUUUCCAGGGCUGAUUGAAUUCUAAAGAAGUAAAGGCGUUGGUGGCAUUUUUUUUAAUUUAGAAAAGAUCCCAUAGUUUCUAGGUUUUCACUACAUCCUUCACUAGCACUUGAAUUUGAUUCUUUAAGUGCUUUUUAGUUAAUCUCAUUGAUCUUCAGAUUAAUUGUCAUUUACCAAAGUGUCCAAAAUAUGCAUGCACUACAUCACUUACGCUUAUUAUCCUGACUUAAUUUCAGCGGAUAUUUAAAAACAGCGCAAAUGACAGAACCCAAAAUGUAAUUUUCGCCUGUUAAUUGGAAUAAGUACUGAAGAUUGUGAAUUUGCAUAAAUAAAAAAAAAAACGAAAAUAAAGGAUCAGUAAAUUGAGCGGAAAUGUGGCUUCAUGCUACAGGAACUGGCUUAAGCUCCGGAUUGAUCGACCACUUAGUUCGAAUGCGGACUAAACCUUAUCUUACACCCCUAAAAUCGGACAAUAAUCAGUUACUACAAUGACUAAUUCAGCUUUCGCAGAGUAUGGUACCGGACUAAAACAAUAACCUCACUCAGAAAAAACAUUACGGCAUUUUCCUGCUUUUCUUCCUUAUAGCUUAUAGCAAUUGUUUGCAGCCUUUUUGAGUCGGUAAUUAUAAAAACUAAAUCUUAAUACCAAAUUAUUUUGAUACCAACACUUAUCGUAAUACAGCUGCAAUUUUACAAUACCAUGUCCCUUCCUUUAAUACACGGUAUUAGCUAAGUAACCCUCAUAACUCGGGAGGAAGGCGUUCAGCACCAUCCUAGAAACACUGGGAUAGAUGAAAAAGGGUUUACCAUGGGCCCAAACGAAACAGAAAGAGCGACCAUAUUUUCUAACAGUACCAGGUCAGUGUUUUAUUGCCCACACGAACCACACUUAGUUUGGGAUUUCAAUGACACUACUUCUCCCUGGGUUUUUGCCACUUUCGCAUCUAUAAUCUCUCCACUUGCCGUUCUUUUGAACGCGCUAAUAAUCAUAGCAGUAAAGCAAAGGAAAGAACUGCAGAGAACUUCCAAUAUCUUACUAACAAGUUUGGCUGUUACAGAUCUUCUAGUAGGAAGUUUAUGUAUACCGUUGUCUGCCGUGGUUAAACUGUUAGUUCCUCAUCAAGUACUGGCUGACCAUUACAUUUGCAUGUUGGACUUUGUAGCCAUAUCGUCCACGAUCACUCUCGCGAUUUGUUCGAUUUUCCAUCUGACAGUGAUUGCUUGGGAAAGGUACGUGGCCAUUCGAAAAUGGAUUGACUACAAAGUGAUGGUGACUAAAAGCCUUAUGAAAAAGCUGGCGAUAAUAGCUUGGGUAUUAGCAAUAGCAACUGUAUCUCCACCAAACUUUAUCACGGCACUCAAAGGAAUGAUGAGGGCGAAUGAGGCGGUUAUAGCUCUGGAAAUUUUCCUCAUUCCUCUGUCACUUUUGCUAAUGUCUGCCCUAAGUCUUAUCGUUUAUUUUUAUGUCAUGGUGUACCUUGGAGUUCGCAAACGCAAAGUAAGUCAAAUUCGCCAAGUCAGCGAGUUAGUGAAAGUAAGACAGGAACGCAGAAUAGCUAUGACCGCUGCCGUGGUUACGAUUGCCCUGAUUCUGUCCUUCUUGCCAAGUAUUCUUGGCGGUAUUUUGCAAGGAGUUUAUCUACUCUUUCGUCAACGUUUGGCGAUGCGUGUAGAGGACUUAUUUUUGUAUCUAAAUUCUGUAGCUAAUCCACUCAUUUACUGCUACAGAGAUCGCCGUUUUAGGAACGCCGUGCUCGAGAUUUUGAAGAGUAGGAGACCCAAAGAAAAGCCGUCCGUUGUAACUGAUGCAGCAAGAUUCCGCGACGUCAAACAUAACGAUGUAUUUGGCUCAGGGAAAGAUACGCUACAGAUGCGAAAGGUG